CAGAUGGGAAAACUGAGCAGUGGAGAGAGGGCUGGGGGGGGAUACUUACCCACAUAGAUAGUAAAUGGAAAAUUGGGACUUGGUCCCAACCCUGUUAAAUGUCAUAACCUGAUUCUUUCCAGGAUACUGUUACUAGUGGGAGAGAUGGGCACAAAUAUGGAAAGAAAUGUCUCAUGCUUGCCACAAUAUGAUAAAUCUAGGCUGCUGUAGGAAUAAACCUGGGCACACUGGGUGUUACAGGAGGGCUUCCUGGAGGAAGAGAUCUUCUCUCCUUUGUUUUCCCAUUGUCUGCCCUUGUCUUGUCUUUCCUUCACCUGAAUCCCUGCAGGUCUGGGGCGGUCCAAGGAAGCAACAGCCCCUGCCCCUAUUGGGCAACUGGUCCCUGGCAGCUUCCUGGCAGCUGUGGUAGAUGCCUUGGAGCUGGGCCCCCCGGUUGUGAUCAGUCCGUCGUUGAGUGGCAUGUACUCCCUGCCCUUCCUCACGGCCCCUGGCUCCCAGCUCCGGGGCUAUGUGCCUGUGGCCCCCAUCUGCACUGAUAAAAUCAAUGCUGCUGACUAUGCCAGUGUGAAGACUCCAGCUUUGAUUGUAUAUGGAGACCAGGACCCCAUGGGUCAAACCAGCUUUGAGCACCUAAAGCAGCUGCCUAACCACCGGGUGCUCAUCGUGAAGGGGGCAGGGCACCCUUGUUACCUGGACAAACCUGAGGAGUGGCAUGCAGGGCUGCUGGACUUCCUGCAGGAGCUAGCAUGAGGCCCAGCCUUGCCGAUGGGGGUGGGCUGCCUGCCUGCCUGCCUUUUUCUUUUUUCUUUUCUUUUUUUUUUUUUUUG